AUGGCUGACAAGCACAUCGUCUUCAUCACCGGCGUCAACUCCGGCAUUGGCUAUGAAGCCGUGAAAGCAUAUCUGGGCUCAUCCACCCCAUACCACAUCUUUGUCGGCUGCCGCACGCUGGAAAAGAGUAAAGAGGCCAUUGCUUCCAUCACCAAAGAGGUUCCAUCGUCAAAGGACACUCUUGAACCAAUCGCUCUUGAGCUGGAAAGCGAUGAAUCCAUAGAUCAGGCAUAUGAGGCGAUUGCAGCCAAGGUGGACAGAAUCGACACGCUGGUUAAUAAUGCAGGCGCUGCUUUCGACACUCACAACUUUGCAAACGACAUUUCCAACAUCCGCUCCAUCUUCAACAAGGCAUACGACGUCAACGUCACCGGAACCCACGUAGUGACAGCCAAGUUUGUCCCUCUCCUAAUCAAGUCCCCUUCCCCCCGCCUCAUCUUCAUCACUUCCGGCCUGUCCACCCUCACGGCUCACUCCAAGAGCUUCUACCCGCCAUGGGCGCCCAAGCCGCAGGCCGGAUGGCCCAAGGACAACGUGGCGGCCCACCUGGGCUACAAGAGCAGCAAGACGGCGCUCAACAUGGUGAUGCUCAACUGGCACUGGCUGCUGCACGAGGACGGCGUCAAGACGUUUUGCAUCAGCCCGGGCUUCUUGGCGACGAAUCUGGGUGGCAUGCAGGAGAAGCUCAAGGAACUGGGGGCGGGUGAGCCGUCUGUUGGCGGACAGUUUAUCCGGGCUGUGACUGAGGGGGAGAGAGACGAGGAUGCUGGCAAAGUGGUCUGCCGUGGUGGCGUUCAGGACUGGUAG